GUUGUUUGGUUGCUACUAUGGAGGGCUUAAAAAAGGAGAUUUAUCGGCAAUGGGCAAAUUUGAAAUUUCUGUCCCCACUUUUAAGCAGCUUCCUCGGUUUGACAGCAGAGGCACUGCGAUCGACUGGGAUACUACAUUUUCAUUCAGUACAACAAUGAGUCGUGGUAGAAAUUGCUUUGUACCUGGCUGUACAAGUGGGAAUCCCAAUAAAAACAAGGCAAAUAAAGAACGGGGUGAAAGAAACCCAAGCCUUUUCAAAGCUCCUAAUGAUCCUAGCUUGCUACAGCAGUGGCAAAAGGCGAUACCCAGAUCAGACAAGACACUUAGCAGCAAAGAUGCUGUUUGUGAACUACAUUUUCUAGAUGAAGAUAUUUUGACUCAUUAUGAGAUCAAAUUAACUGACGGAACUAUCAGUAGAAUUGAGCGGGGUAGACCAUUAUUAAAGGAGGGUUCAAUUCCAAGAAUUUUUCCUAACCUGCCUUCAUAUUUCUCUAGUAAUAAAAGAAAGAGGAAACCACCAUGUGUAAGGAGUGAAGCAACUGAAAAAGUUUCUAAUUCAAAAAAAGUAAAAGGUCUGCCUAUUAAUCAUGUUGAAAAUCAAACUUCAGAACCUAACUUUGAGAAUGAGAAUGAAAUUCUAUAUUAUUAUAUUAUAUUUUAUUUAUUAAAUUUAGUGGAAUUAGUUAAUAGAAACAAAAGUUGUAAUGUAUUAAUAUUGCUAAAUAAAUAUUUAUAUGAUGAAAUAAGUCAGCGUAUAUACAUAUUCACAACUCUGUAUUUUUGUGCUUUUGAAAUAAACUGAGUACAUUAUUUAUUCAUUAAUAUUUUAUUUACAAACCUACCUUAUAUUAAUAAAGUGAAUAUCAAUAGAAAAACCUUUACAAUUAUUAGGUGACAUUGAAUAUAAUAUAUCUUGAAUUUAAUUGUCUACGAAACAGUGACAAUUUGCAAAACUUUGCUAAUGACAUUAAAACUUACAAUUCAACGCUAGAAAAAACGCUAUUGAACACAGGAAACGUUUCAGCUCAAUAUACCUACUCUCUAGUUUCAGCUAUAAAAAGUUAUGGAAUAGAUAACACCGAUCAAAGGGUGCAAUGGUAACGUUCGUCUUCAGUUUCCAUUUAUGAUUAAGUUAUUCCUGAUAAAAUACUCUUAAUUUUCGUUAUUCAAUCUGUCAAUCGCCAUAAAACCACUACUAGUUCGAAAGAUUUUAAUGUUUAUUAAAAUGGUAUCACACUAAACUGCAUGUAAACAUGUCAAUUUCAAAUGUUUUAAUGAAAAACUAUGAACCUUUAAACUGCAUCAACAAAACUAUUAAUAAAACACUAACACAAUCACACCAUAAACUAUUUCAUUCGCAUUUCUCAUCAAGAAACAAUUACUGUUUACAUCAAAUCAAAGGUUGAACUGGUGAUAAAUUUGUUGCUGGAACUUCUAUCUUUUUUGUACAACAGUUCUAGGGAAGAUUUAUUUUAGCAGCUUAUAUGUUUCUUCGGUCGUGUAUGCACUAAAAAGAACCACAUAAUAAAACAUUUUUAUAAUAUCAACUUAGGAAAAGGAUAUAUUAAACCGGCAUCUAAUAUAACCUAACUAACUUUUCAAACUCAAAUUUAAGGUUUUGUAUUCACAAUUUUAGCCACGCACAUUGCUCAAUUAGAAAAA